CUUCAAAGUUCAAACCACUUAGUAAAAAAAAAGUUAAACCUAGGAUUCGUUUCUUCUCUGUUGCGUAAACCUCGCUAGGAUACAAAGCGCGCGCAGUCAAAAUCGCCAUGGUAAACAAAAACAUGGUGAAACAGAGGAGGCUCAAUGAGCUACCAGAUGAGGUGGUCUUGAAGAUACUCUCAAUGAUUCCCCCGUUUAAACAGAGUGUUGCGAAGGGUCUCAUAUCAAAACAACGCGAGGAUCCUUAUAAACUUGUGCCGGACGUCACGUUCGAAGAUGAUAAUGAGGAGAGUCUCGUGACUUUCAUGAGUUUUAUAUACGGAUCUUUAUUGUCUGACGGUGAUCAGAGCCUACAAAGAUUGCAUCUCAAGCUUGUCCGAUACUAUUCGGCUUCAAAAAUAAACUUUUGGGUUCAAGUCGCUGUUAAUAGAUCUGUAAGAAAGCUGAAAUUCGACGUGUAUCACGAAACCCUAGAAUUGCCGAGGUGCUUGAGUAGUUGCACAACCCUAAAAUCAUUGAUACUCCGUGAUGUUUAUCUCGAUUAUGUUCCGCUAGAGUUUUCUUUGCCAUCUCUCAAAAGUCUCCACCUUUUCUCCGUUGGCUUCUCCCACCAGAACCCUAUUGCAAGGCUGUUACUAAGUUGCCCGAAUCUUGAAUAUUUGGUUAUAUACAAAACCUAUUAUUACUAUGCGGAGAAUGACAAUGUGAGCUUAUAUAAUAUCAAUGUGCCUACUUUGAAGAGUUUAACUAUCAAUAACUCAAUCGAGACACGCGCCGCUGCCGACAACAAGGAGAAUCAUGGGUUUUGGAUAAAUGCUCCUGCUUUGGAGACAUUGAACAUUAAGGAUACAGUCAGUAACUUUCUAACGCUUGAAUUUAUGCCAGAGGUGACUAAGGCCAAUAUCCAGGUUACUUGUGACCAAUCUGAGAAGUUCAUUGGAUCUCUUACCUCAAUCAAACAUCUGUCUCUAUGUUCUCCAACUUCCGAGACUCCAUAUCGAAGUGGCUUUGUCUUUCCCUAUCUUGAACAUCUAGAGCUAUGUACAUGUUCUCCGGAAUGGGCCAAUCUUCUUGCUUCUAUACUCAAUGGCGCUCCAAGACUCCAAUCUCUCAAGCUUAAGUCGAAUCAUAGUGCUCCUUCUAAUGAUCCGAAGAAAUUUUGGGAAACACCAGCAGUUGUUCCGGAAUGUUUAUUGACGCAUCUAGAGAUCUUUGAAUGGAGACAAUAUGAAGACACAGUGCAGCAUAGGAAAGUGGCUGCGUAUAUACUAGCAAACGCUACUUGUCUAAAGAUGGCUACAUUUUCAACAAGAAGUAGAGACAAAGAUCAGCUCAUGCCCAUGCAGAUAAAGACACUGAACAGAACUUCAGAGACAUGUCAGUUAGUUUUUGAGUAAACUCUUUAUGUAAUGGUGUAUGUCUCUAGAAGACA